GAAUAUACCGCGAGAUGUUUUAUGUUCUCGCGACAGUUACGUCAGAAACAGACAAUAUGGCGGACCGGCUAACACAACUUCAAGACGCAGUCAAUUCGCUUGCGGAUCAGUUUUGUAAUGCUAUCGGCGUCCUGCAACAGUGUGCACCUCCUGCAUCUUUCAGUAACAUCCAGACAGCUAUCAACAAGGAUCAGCCAGCAAACCCAACAGAAGAGUAUGCCCAGCUGUUUGCAGCCCUUAUAGCCCGAACAGCCAAAGAUGUGGAUGUACUCAUAGACUCGUUGCCUAGUGAGGAGUCCACAGCAGCUCUGCAGGCGGCCAGUCUGCGGCAGCUGGAGGAGGAGAACCAUGAGGCAGCAGCUCGGCUAGAAGAGGUGGUUUACCGCGGCGAUAUGCUCCUGGAGAAGAUCCAGAGUGCACUGGCUGACAUUGCCCAAUCUCAGCUCCGCACCCGCAACGGGGCACCCAGCCAGCCAUCACCGGCUGAAUCCUGACCCGAGGAAUGCAUAAUAUGAUUCUGGACAAUUUUCAGUCUUUUCAGCUAUUUUUAUUUUCUUUGCCUUCAGCCACAAUAGGCCAUCGUUGAAACUGCCAAACAUGGUGUGUGUUCACAUGUCAAAUGUGUGAACAUGUAGAUGCUGAAGCGGUUCUGUGUGGAUGAGGUCAUCUUUAUGUUUUUUGUUUGUUUUCUGCAGCUCAGCUAAAGAAGGAUGAAGGAUGGUGUCUUUACAUGCACACGGAUCUUCUUCCUGAAAUUUUUAUUUUAAAAAACAAAAAAAACUUCUCUGUGGGCCUGAGGAGACCAAUCUGACAGGUGUUAUGUGAUUUAUGUACACUAUAUGUUAUAUAUUUAUGUCAGAUUUUGUAGAUAUUGAUAGCUCAUCUCUCUGAGGUAUUUUCUUUUUUAAAUAAACCGUGGACAGCCAAAUAAGUGUUAAUAAUAUCCCUUUUUUUAUAUAAUUUGCAAACUGUUACCACAAGCGUUUUGUACACGAACCAUGUGGGUGAUGUUAAUUGUUGGAGUUUGUUUGUGGCAUUGCAUCAGUUUCAUUUUUUUCAUUGGAACUGAUACACUAGCAGAAACUGAAACAAUUACAAUUAAAGAAUGACCACAUUUCAGUUCAUGUGACCUUUAAAGGAAAUUCUGAUGGACACAGCUUUGAGGAACUAAGCUGUGGCUCUUGUCUAUUUCAUAAUGUGUUUUGACAAAAACAAUAGUGAAAGGAAAAAAAAAUUUAAAGGAGGGGAAAAAACCAACUCCAUAAUCUGGUUCUAUCGACGGUUUGAAACGUUUCCGUAAAAGGCAUGAAAAUUUCACAUUACAGAAAGUUAUGUACAUGCGUGUGUUCUGUUCUAACUCCUAGUCAGUCUGAUACAUCAUAUUUAAAAAAAACCUAAAGAGCAAAAAUCACCUUUGUCACAUUUGCAACUAAAAUAUUUUCACAAGUCAUGCAGUGCAAUCUUGAUUUUUGCGAAACAAAUGCUUUCAUAUUGGCUGAAUCCAUUUCAGACUGAACUUUGUGAAACCCAGGCUGCAGGCCAGAGACUUUAUAGCCCAAAUCUAAAUAUAGGUGCUGUGUCACAGCUCAGUGGGCCCCAUUGAUGUGAGAAAUAUAAAAACAGCCUUGUCUGCUGGCCACCACACCCAGACGUGUUAGCGGGACCCACCCGCCUGUCUGCAUGUUGACAUCAUGGUCCUAACAGUAAAAGCACUUAACCCGCCCGAAUGAGGAGAUUUAUGACAGCAAAUCUUCACCUGCCCUGGUUUGGUCAACAAAACUUUGUCUGUGCUCAAAUUUUGUUAUCUGCGUUUUCAUUCACAUGUGAUUAGUGUAGCUUCUCCCUUUAAUGUUCUUUGUUUAUCCCAAAGGUCUAUAGGACAAUCUACAAGGAAAUGAAAGAGUCCAGAUAGGAUGAAGACAUUUCUAAGCACCACUGAUGGGAUUAUUAAGGAAACAAGUCCGUUCCUUUUUGAAGGGCUCUACUGUAACAAUGUUGGAAUGCGGACACAUUUAUUUCGGUUUCUAGUUUAAACAAUGAGCACUUUUUAAAGGAUUUGUAGGCAGACAAGCUGUUAUCAUCUCAAACUGCUAUGGCAAAGGUCUCAGAUUGUGCCUUAAUAGAAAGUGCUAUAAAUGUGGACUGUGUGACUUUUAUCUUAUCAUACUUUAUUACGUUCUAUCUGGUUUAUUGCCACUAGAUAAACGCUGUCCAAUAAAA